AUACGUGAAUUUUUGUACUGUUCGUUCUGUUUAAGUAAUAAUCGCUACAUUCUUAAUAGUAACAGCCAUAGUUUCAGUUAGUGGAAAUUUGACAGUUCAGUCAAUCCUGAAUACUAAGAAAACGAAGAAAUGUGCAAGGCAGAAUAUUCACGAUAUUCAUCAUGAAAACCUGUGACGUUGACAGAAUAGUAAUUUAUCCACUCCCUUUGUAAUUGUAUACUACUACACUCGGGAGACUAAAUUAUUGUUGUUUUUUACUCUUCGAUUCUUUUCGUUUUUUAAAUGUCUUAGUGUAAUUUCUAGUCGACAAGGAACAAGUACAUUGAUAUUUGUGCAAAGAAAUUUCACAGGAAGUCAUACCAAUGACAUUUGUCGAAGUCGGUCAGUUAGUCUUUGUCACCAAAGCGACGAAAACAAACCUUUUCUACCCCCUCCCCUAAACCACGUCUAGACUGUGACUAAUGUACUUAUGGAUAAAUAAUUUUUCAAUGCAUUUACUAUGAGCACGAAUCACAAGUACCAAACAUCUCCUCCUCCUUCAAGGGCACUCUCACCCUCAAGUGUGGGGUCAUCAACCGCUCCUCUGAGCUAUAGAGCAGGAUCUCCACUUCCAACACCAGCAGCACACAGACACGACUGCAUGACAGCUGCAGCAAAAAGAUACAAGUACCUUCGACGGCUUCUCAAGUUCCGUCAAAUGGACUUUGAGUUUGCUACUUGGCAGAUGGUAUAUUUGUUUUAUUCGCCACAGAAAGUCUACAGAAAUUUCCAGUACAGAAAGCAAACCAAAGCCCAGUUUGCAAGAGAUGAUCCAGCAUUUGUGGUUUUGUUGUGUUUCUGGUUAUGUGUGACUUCAGUUGGAUUUGCUGUUGUUUUGAAGCUUAGUUUUGGAAGUUUUCUAAGAUUUCUUGUGUACACUGUGUGUGUUGACACUUUAGCUGUUGGGAUCUUAGUUGCAACUGUCUUAUGGGCAGUUACAAAUCACUACUUAGUAAAACCAACGUGUAGAGACCAGGAUGUUGAGUGGGGAUAUGCAUUUGAUGUUCACCUCAAUGCAUUCUUCCCUCCUCUUAUUAUUCUGCACUUUUUCCAGUUGUUCUUCUAUCAUGUUUUUAUCAGUCAAGACUGGUUUAUCUCAAGACUCUUUGGAAAUUUGUUGUGGGUCUUAGCCAUUGGUUAUUAUAUCUACAUUACAUUCUUAGGAUAUAGUGCUCUGCCAAUCCUGCGUCAACCCCGAGUGUUUUUAUAUGCGCUGCCAUUGCUGCUGGUGUUCUUGAUUAUCAGUCUAGCUGUGGGAAUUAAUCUCUGUGGAAGUCUUAUGGACUUUUAUCACUACAGAGUACUUUAACAUUUAAGGUCAGCUUGAACUAAUUUAUAAUUUGUUAAAGGAGCAAGCAUAUUAAUGAUCAGGUCUCGAGUGACUUUUAUUUAUUAUACAUAGUUGAAUCAUCUGAUAACUUCACAAGUGAGAUUGUUUUGGUUUUUGAGAUGUUUUGUGUAACUGACUUUUGAAAAGAUAACUAUAUUUUGUAUAGAUUAUGAAUUAGCCCUUUUCUCCAUUGUAUAUAUAUUACUGUAUUAGCAAAAUUUUCCAUUAUUGUCCUUAAUGCUCUGUAAUCAUAUUUAGCACUGUACAAAACUGACAUAGCUAUAUCUAUAUUUGCUUUUUUGAGGAGCAUCAGGUUGCAUUGUGUAUACAGUAGUAAAUUACAGUGUAAUUAUUUAAGAGUGUGUGUGUGUAUAGAAUGAUUAUCCUAACAGUAAUAAUUGAACAAACAAUGAAAUUAGGUAAUGCCAUAAUAAGAUUAAAUGAUGGAAAUUUG